AUUCAGCACGACAACUUGGACAUGAUGACGUCUGCAAAGUUUGCUUUCUAUCUGACAUGUUUGUUCUUGGGAGAGAUGGCUCAGACGACUGAUGUGAAAUCGUCCUCAUCUGUUCGUCAAGAGAGACGUUUUAUAUCAGCUAAUGUUGGAGACAGUGUGUCUUUGCAUUGUUUCUAUGAAGGCAAUAAUUCAGUAUGGCUUGUCUGGUACAAACAAACUCUGGGACAGCAACCGAGGAUCAUCUCUACCUUCUACAGGUAUAUUAAAAAUGUAACAUUUUAUGGUGAAUUCAAGAACAAUCCCCGCUUCACACUCGAUACUGAAAAUGAUAAAUAUCACCUGAAGAUCUCAAAUAUACACAUUUCAGACUCAGCUACAUACUACUGCGCAACAGGUAGCUGUACAGCUGUCUUGAAUUUUAUGAAGGGCACUACUGUCAGUGUUGAGGGUUCAGAUUGGAAGAUCCCAGCUUCGGUCCAUCAGUCAGCAUCUGAGAGCAUCCAGCCAGGAGGCUCUGUGACUCUGAACUGUACAGUACACACUGGGACCUGUGAUGGAGAACACAGUGUUUACUGGUUCAAAACCUCUGAAGAAUCUCAUCCAGGACUCAUUUACACCCAUGGAGGCAGGAAUGAUCAGUGUGAGAGGAAACCCGACACACAAACACACACCUGUGUGUACAACUUGCCAAUGCAGAGCCUGAAUCUUUCUCAUGCUGGGACCUACUACUGUGCUGUUGCCUCAUGUGGACACAUACUGUUUGGAGACGGGACCAAGCUGGACUUUGAAGAUGAGGUGAACUCUUCUGUCUUGGUGUAUUUCUUGAGUGGAGCUUUGGCAUUCACCACCAUCCUGGUUGUUUUACUGACUGUCUCAAUGUACAAGAUGAACAAAAGAAACGGUUUCCAAUCUAAAGAUUCUCAAGCAAGAUUAUCAGGUUCCGUCCCAGCAAAUACAGAGGGUCACAGAGACGCUGACAACCUCCAUUAUGCUGCUUUAAGUGUCAACCUGCCCAACAGAUCAAGAAGACAGAGGAACAGCACCAAUAAUGAAUGUGUGUACUCCAGUGUGAAGCAGUAGAACUGUGCAUUUAACGUUUCAUGCCUUUUAUUUCUUGGAUAGUCAUGGAUGGUCGUAUAUUGCAUUGGUCUUCAGGGCAAGACAAGCGUUCACAUCUCACAGACCUGUAGGUAACAUUGGCCUUUCUUUACACUUUUCCUAAGCUUAAUACUAAGUACAUUUCCUGCCUAAUUCUUUAACCACUGUUUAUUUCAUUUUACUGCAUAACCAUGAUCUUUCCCUGGCAUCAAUCAUACCAUAGUUUCCUUGCACAGGUAUUGUUGAAAACAUAAACAACAAUACAUUAGGUGCCUUUCUCAAAGAGUCCUUCAUCCACAGAGGACGGGAUAAUAACUGCUCCAGCUGCUUGUUGUGGAUGAGACUGCCCUGUCUCUCCUCUGAACAAGUGCUGAGCCCAGCCUGUGUUGGAGUAUCACUACAUCGCUGCUCUCAGACAGACACACGGAGCUCAGCAGGGUGGAGGAGAGACAGGCAGCAGAGAACUCGUUGCUGUACAUGAAAGCUUCGCAAGUAAAAACACCUGUGUGAAUGGAAAACAAAAGAUCUGAUCGGGAUUAAUAUACAAUCAAUUGACCGGCCCGAUACCGAUCUUUGAGACAUGAACUCACUUCAUAAAAAGCAACAUUGUACAGCGCUCUUUGUAGAUCUGUCCAAUGCUGUUGAUGCUGUUGAUCAUAGUAUUUUAAUAAACAAGCUGCCUUCCAUUGGUCUUGAUGAUUCUGCUUAUACACUUAGUAUAUUCUUUUUAUAUACUUAUGGUAAAUUUAAGAUGCACACUUAUGGCAUUCCUUGGAACAUACCACUCCCCAAACAUCAAUUUCCAACAUCUCUGACCAUCCCCAGCAGACUGGUCUCAACAAUAUAUUCCAUCCUACAUAAGGCCUCAUGUAAGCCCCUAUCUACUGACAGAUUAGUGGACCUCUCCUCAAAUAGCUCCAACACAAAUCAGAAACUAAUCUGGCAGAAUAUUCAACUAUCUUCCAGGAACCACAACCAUCGAGUUAUUAUUUUUAAUAACCAAAUCCUCUUAUUUCUUCCUGUUGUGUUGGAUUUUGUUUGUUGAUUUUUUGCUUCCUUGUGUGCUGAUUAAUGUACAUUUAUGAUUAUUGCUUGAGGGUCUAUUGUUGUUCUUGCAGUGUAGUUUUGUCAGCUCUCCACCACCGUCUGUCUCUCCUCCAAGCAGGGGUUUAAUAUAGCCGAUACCGAUUAGAUAAAAAAAAUGCCUUGAUCAGCCCGAUAUCUUUGACACAUGAACUCACUUGAUAAAAAAUAACAUUGUG